GAUAAAAAGGGAGAUAGACUGGACGGCAGAGACCUGAUUUCAGAGUGGGUCAAUAAAUUCCAGAACUCGAAAUACGUCUGGAACAAAAACGAGUUUGAUCAAAUUGAUGUGGACAAAGUUGAUCAUGUGAUUGGUAUGAAAUUUUUUAUAUAUACCUGCAGUUUUGAAAACCGGGUUAGCAAAACAAAUCAACUCAUUCUACUACUAGGCAAUUUUAAAAUAACAAAAAAUCAUUCAAAGACCGAUUAAAAGCCUUUAUCUGACGCCGGGCAGUAAGUUAGCUGUCCCUUGCAACAUUUCAACGAGACCAAAUUUAAAAUGACGCAAAUUUUAGAACAUUUAUUCAGUAGUCUGACUCCGUGAGGUUUCAAACCGGUCUAGAAAUUUUUAAGUUAAGUGAGUUGGAGCCAAAAAGUGCCUGGUUAAGGCUUAUAUAACAACUUAAAUAGUCAGCAAAACACUACUUUUUUCGCGGUCCGAUAAACGACAGGAUUUUGCAUGAAAUAGAGAACAAACUGAUCGAAACAUAAUACACAAAUAAUCACCUUCUUAUCUGCAAAAUCCGGCGUAUGGUUCAAAGCCAAGAGCCCGCUGAAACUAGACCUAGAUCCAAUUUUCCUGAGUGGGAAAUUGGUUUUCCAAGGCACAAUCAAGUAAGCUAAACAUCGACGAAACGUUUUUAUGGCUGGCACAGAAUAUUUUGGUGCAACAACUCAACCACACGCGACCACAUAUGAUGCUCUCCGCGAAACCUUUCUGAAGGUGACCAAUAACGAAAUGUAAACCGAUAAACGGCACCGAAACCAGCUUUAGGUGUGCACUGAAUUCAAAUAACUGUCACCUGUGUUAAAGAGAGAAUUGUGGGUAGGGACCAAAAAAAAAACAAAGAGGAGGGAGGGAGGGGGGUUAGAUAGAAAUUCUGUCUACAGCCAGUUCUUUUAAAAUCGCUAACCACCCCCCCCAAAAAAAAAAGAAACACACACAUAAGCAAACAACACAGAAAAUUGAGCCUUGAUCACUGCACCACGCGCACCCGACGUCACAACUAGAUGACGUCAGCUGCGGACACCUAAGAGAUCUAUAGAAAUAUUCGCCACUGGUGUUUCUGCCUCGCUGUGCGAUCAACGCUGGAGGCGCACGACAAAUUUAUAAGCCUCGUGAGGCGAGGCGCUUCACUCUGAAUAAAAGAAAAGAUAAAAUAAAGAAACUAAAGAACUGAGCUAAUCCUUUCAUGGGCCAGCUGGGUGGAAGGAUAAGCACAAUCACUGAAGCGACGUUCAACGUAAUCGCCUUUUGAUAGCACUGUCUUCUGUGCUUUUCAUAUGUGAGUUAACUCUCAACAGGACUGAGUGGAGACAGACGAGUGAUUAACAAAUUAAAUUAGACGACUGCGUAGCGGGAGUCUGAUUCGUUUAAUCAAGAGUAUGAUUACAGACCGAAUUGGACGACAAGAAGUUCUGUUAUCAAUUUAUCAUAACUUUAACACAAGCCAUUUAAGCGCGCGCGUGAUGGCGCGCACUGUCCAAUUACUUAGGCAUGAUGCGUACUGUCCUUUAUUAAACUGUCCUAUUAAGGCUGAAAUCAGGGCAGUUGAUAGCCAAUCAGAUUUGAGAAUUUUGUUAUAGUUAUGAUCACAUGAAUUAAAUUUGCAAAACAAUGGAAAGAUUUCCUGAAUCAAAAUCAGGUGGUGUGCGCACUACAAUUACAAUGCAUUGUGGAUGCACAAUUUCCAAGAUGGUGGUGUAGGUCAAGAAGUUCGCAGGUUAUAUGCUGAAUCAAAAUAAGGUCACUUUUAAGUAAAGGAAAAAUUCUACGUGCAGAUAAGAAAGUCGUUUUGUGAAGGCUUCUACUUACUACCUUGUUUCAUUGUUUUCAAGGCCUAUUUGAACCCUCUCACAUGAACUACGAAGUUGAGCGAGCUUCUGACAAGGCCGGUGAACCGUCCAUUGCAGAAAUGACCGAGAAAGCCAUUAAAAUACUACAGAAGAACCCCAAAGGUUUCUUCCUGUUAGUUGAAGGUUAGUUGGCAAGUCAAGAGAUAUCUGGCUACAAUAUUAGUGAGCCUUAUUUUUUUCUAUGCCUUUUAUAGAAUCUUUUUUCAGGGAGAGAAAGUAUUUUACAUUGCUGUACAGGAUUUUUAGUAUCGCUAGUAGCCUAAAUGAGCUAUAUAUUUGAGUGAAAUUCCACUACAAAAUUUGUUUCUCAAGAACGCCCGGAUGUUUCUUGUGUUCUGUUUUAAGGGGGCCGCAUUGAUCACGGACAUCACGCUGGCAGAGCUGUUAAAGCUCUUAAUGACGCAGUUGCGAUGGAUAAAGCGGUUGCUAGGACCUUGGAAAUAGUAAACAAAGGUAAACUAAUCUCAUUAUGAUAAGCGUUCUUGAUUAAAUAUAAUGCAUCUGAAUUUUGGUUUUCGUAUGAGUAAUACCCAAAUGUAUGGAAUACAUGCAGUGCUUUAGAAUUCAACCAGAGUUGGAACAGAGCAAAUUCACUAUUUCUGUAAAGUUUUCCUACCCCCUAGCAGCUCCGUGGGCCACUGUUCCAAUUCAGUGGUGACGUAUCAUUCCUUUAGACUGAGCAGACAAUCACGAAAGGCCUCUUACACCUCCGAUUUGCUUUCCAUACUUCAAAUCCUUAAGCCCCUUACUCAAACGUACCUAUGCAGACUGACCGCCUGGUCACAUUGAGCCGGGAGGAAGAUCCUACAGCUGUAUCAGAACGAACAGCUUUUCGUCGGGUUUACAUGUAGAAAUUUCGGUACGUGUUGUUGCCAAGAAGAGAAGUUAUUGAAGACAAUAACAAACAUGCAAUCUUCGCCCUUCUGCUCUCCUUACCUGGGUGAACAACAACUUUUCAGCGGCAGAUGACAGUCCAUUACAGCUUGUAACGCCAAACGAAAAUGUCGGCCCAGUAUAUUGCCGUGAUUUACCCACUGAACGAACCGCCGCCAUCGUUGUCUAAUUUGUCCCUAGUACUAGGAUCUUCCUGGCAAAGGGGUUUAUAGUGGAGGUAUCUUCCUCUUGCUAGGAUCUCUCAGCUCGCAAGAUCCUAGCGCUAGGGACAAGUACAAACCUUUGCAUGUAAACUGAACAUCGCGCACACUUAGAUAAAGCGAUAACGUUUUGUAUCACGGGCUAUUCGUCCGAGAGUUAUUAAACAAUCCUCGCAUGAAUGGCUGCUUAUAAUGCUGUCUAUCCCUUUGGUGCCGGAAUUUAGGAGGUUUUUACUCUUUCAGGGCAUGGUGUCAUUUAACUCCAGUUCCAUCAAUCUCAGAAUUUGUCCAAUACUGUUAAAAUGCACAUUUGCUAAUCAUAUUGGCUAUUACCUGGAUUUUCAGACGAAACGUUGAUAACAGUAACAGCCGACCACUCUCACGUCUUUACCAUCGGCGGAUAUCCUAAACGUGGGAACCCUGUGUUUGGCAUAAUACAAGAGGUAGACAAUACCUUUGCUGUUGACAAAGACAACAGAACAUACACCACCCUUGGGUAUGCAAACGGACCAGGUGGACUGAACGGAUCUCGUCAAGACCUGCGCAAUGUAAACACCUCUCACAAGGACUUUCUUCAGCAGGCUACAGUUCUUACCAGAAGCGAGACUCAUGGAUCAGAAGAUGUUGGUGAGAAUUGGCCCAAACUUAGAACUACGCUUAGAGCAGUGUCUUUAUCAACACAUUAGCGGCAGCAUUGCUUAUUGUAGUCUCGUGCUAAAACUCGCUAUUUCAUGGAUAUUGAUGAUUUUUCCGCAGCAGUCAAGAGAAUAUAAUGAGCAGUGUCUUUAUCAACACAUUAGCGGCAGCAUCACUCAUUCUAGUCUCGUGCUAAAACUCGUUAUUGUAGGGAAUCGAAGGGGUUUGGGUGAGAUAUGUGCUUUUCACUUAAGUUAUUUCCAGCGUCUGCAGUUUUAAGGAAGUCUAAUUCCUGAGUAGUCUGCACAUAUCCUAAGGGCUAGACUGGGCGUUCUCCCUCACUGUCCGAUUAUUCUCUGCUCCAAUUAAAACUUAAGGCUGUAACAGAUCAUGUUAUCGUCUUGUUUUAAUUCCUUCUACAAGGUUACUUUGCCUGCCAAGAUAAAUCGAGAGAGGACCUCUCACAGGCGAGCCCGGCGUCCAAAAAGUAGGGGGCUUGGGGUCUUGGUCGGUACAGCUGGAUAGCCCAGGGACUGCUCUAACAGUGGGUGGGUGGAUCAGGCCUUGGGGUCAAAACUGGUGGGGUAGGGAGGGGGCUGUUUUGACACAACCCCUUUCAGUAAUCAGCAGUGUUCAGUGGAGGCUUUGACUGGCAAGUACCUUGGUGUUAAUUUGCCCUAGCCAGCUAGCUCCAGCUGAAUCAGGCCUCUGCUGAGAAUGAUUAUCAUGAUAAUUAUAGAGCUCAGAGGGAGGUGCAGACAGUCACCCAUUGUCCUGGGUGAGGAGGGUCAAAGUCUUGGUACCAAGGAUACACUUAGCAUAGGACCUUUAGACACUCAGUGAAGCCAUGUUUUCAUAAAUCCAGAGAUUGGGUCGCAAGAGGGUGAUUACUAUCAUUUUGUUUUUUCUUCUUUUUUGCAGGCGUAUUCGCGGACGGUCCUGGGGCCUACCUAUUCCAUGGUGUAGUGGAACAGCAGUACGUAUUUCACGUGAUGGAUUACGCUUUGUGUCUCAGUGAGAGCAAGCAGAAAUCAUGUGAGAAGCACGUGAACAGAGGAGGGAGGCCUACGAGCAAAAGUGGAGCGUUGUCUUUGUCUGUCCACUCGCUCUAUUCUUUACUCCUGAUUGCGAUCUCCUAUGCUGUUUUUGUGGUGCUCGAAGCAUAAUUUGUCAACAUAUUGGCAUCCCUUUUACAGCAAAAUG